AUGCUACCCGGAACAGAGAGGAAGAAGCAGAAGACUACACAACCACAGGCGGAGGAAUCAUGGCACCAUUCUCCAAUCAUGUCCGAGACUGUUGAUCAUUCAGAGGGCAACUUCAUCUGGAUUGACGAUACACGUACGUCCUCAGCAUCGGGUGGUCGUCGUGGCGUGAGAAGAAGCGUGCGAGAUCACGAUAUAGUAAGGAGACAUGCCGCAACGGUCUCAGCGGCAGCACGCCUGGCUACUAUUCGAAAGAGAACAGCGUCUUCGCCAGAGAAAUCUCAAGCUGUUGCUCRCGAAUCCCAGUCUGAGGAUGCUCAGCCGUGGUAUAUCCUUCGACUGAUCGAGGGACAUUCAUGGUACAGAGAAGCUAUGCAGUUCAAUUCCGUCAAUCAGAAGUCCACGCGAGCACUCCUCUGGAACUCAAUCACCCAACAUCCCGCCCUCUGGCAAUCCGCAUAUCUAGUUUCCGGCACAUACAGCAACAGCUGCGGACAGCCCGCGUCUACAAUCCAUGGAAUUGGCAGCGGGCUCAUAUACCUCAGGGGUAAAGCAUUGGAAGCAAUCCACGCUUCCGUAGCAUGCGGAACCAAAGACCAUCUAACAUGCAUAGCAAUCGCCAUGCUCGCAGCUUGGGAAAAGAGAUUCGGCGAUGUGGAAACCUAUCACGUCCACAUGAACGCAUGGAAACGCUCCCCACUACCUCCUUCCGCGCAAGAGGAAAACGAUAUCGAGGCACUGCUGCAUGCCGUAUGGCUUAGCAUCCGAGAGAAUCUCCAAGAACGUGCCGAUGAACUACAUACCGCUGCUGGAACAAAACACCAAUAUCACUACCCCGAUCAUCUCCCGCUUGGAUUCCGUAAAUUCCCUCUCCAUCGCCCCGAAACCCGCUCUCUCCUACAAUUACUCGCGCAAUUCGUCCACAGCAACCCAGAAGCACCCAACAGCGUCGCACGCUCCCGAGCCCUACGAAUUGAAAACAUGGCAUGGAGUCCCAGCCACACACUCUCCCAUAACCCCGGGGACAUGUCCUGUGUGGCAUACGAAGAAAGGUGGGAUGGUCAGGAUCUCUGGGCUCUAUAUCACAUUCGAGCCGCUCUGGUUUCCCUGAUUGGCCGCUUUGGAAUCGCAGCUCACAAUAACGCGCAUCAAAUUCAUUGGAGUGGGGAUAUUGCUCCGGGAUUGGAACUUCACGCUAAUAAUUGUCGAUAUUUGCAGACGGAGGAGCUUAUGGGGGGGAAGUAUCGGGAAAUUGGAUUGUGGGCGCAGUUUACUAUUUGUGCGAUUUCGAGGGUGGGGAGUAGGGAUGAGUUGUUGGGGAGGUGGAUUAGGUGUUGUGGGGUGGGGAGUUGGGGGAGGAUGAGGGAGCUUUUGGAGAGGCAUGACCAUCCGGAAGCGAUUCUUGGGAGGAGGACGGAGAGGCUUUAUUGUUUGCUUAUGGGGGGUUGA